AUGGAUAGCGAUAUUGCUUCCCAGACUGAAUCUUGCUUCAGCCUGCUGGCCACUGUCAAGCUCAUCGCGGAGAACGCAACAAAAUGCCACGCGGAACUCUUGCAGUACCAGGUCCUACGACUGAAAGACGAGCAUUUAGAUCUCGACAACCGUAUCAGAGACUUGGCUGCUGAGAUGCUCAAGCUUCAAGCGGAUAGUAAAGAUAUUACUAGCCAUGCCAAUUAUGCUAAAGAGAUGGGAGAAAAGAAGAAAAGGGUCGUCCGUGACAUCGCUAGGAAAGCGCGGAAGGAUCCUAUUAGGCUGGCUGAUGUCAAGCCAUACAUCAACAAGUUUAUGGCAGAGACUGGCGAGGCUAUGGGGGUUUUGCUUGUGUAUCACGACGAGCAAAGGGCACAAUCUACGGAAAACCUGCCCCCUACUCCAGCUACCGAGGCGGGCGGUGAUAACGACAACGAUACGUCACUCAAUCCAGAAAAUUCAUCCCCUUCCUCUCCUUGCCCUACCCUUCGGAGCCCUCCCACUAGCAAACGGACUCCUCCCGACGCAGAAGGCCACCCAUCUCCCAAGCGUCGUGCACAUCGUCGUGAGAUUACGACCGCAGAAAUAGAUAGGUUCCCCUGUCAGAAGCUCACUGAGACGCCAUCUGGAAGUGGCGAGUGGUAUGUCUUCAAAUGUGAAGAGCACACUUUGCGCCUCGAUGGCCUUGCGCGACCAGCGCAGGCCGCCGCUAGGCAUGCCAAAAAGCAUGGAGUCCCACCUACCCGCGCAUCGGCCAUUGAAAUCUUUGGCAUCAAGAUCGUUGGCUGUGACGCUGCAAUUGCAAAGGCACACAACGAUCAGGUCGUUUUGCAGGUGAAGCGAAAGGCCGGGCUUCAAGUCAACAGAGACGCCGACGACAAGACUUAUCGUCCUCGACAUGACCAAGGCACUGACGCCGAGAUGGCAUCGCUUCUUGGUGAUAUCAACCCCUCGCAUCCGAGGCACAUUCCUGUCCGACAAGUAGCAGCCACCAGAAAGCGCACCAUCCUCACGCGAGAGCUGGACGGCACUGAGAAGCCCGCUGAGAUUACCGCCAAGACGAUAUACUGGAUCGAGUGGCCAGAUGAUGGCAUCUGCUACCCAGCCUACGUUCUUCCCUGGGAAUCCCUCCCGCGAUUUCGGAGCAAGUACCUCGUGCCAGUUGACCGUGGACUGUUGGAGUCGGUAGAUGAGUUGCCAGCCUGCUACGACAAAGGCCAUGGUUUUGCUGGUGUUUGGGCAGAGGGAUACAAAGACGGUCAACAUAAGAUGAACAAGAGGGUAUACCCCGUCAUCUUUUUUACGCUUGGCAAGAGGUUUCCGUGGGAAUGUGAGACUGCUUGGGCUGCAGAAGAGGACUUUCGUGUCUAUGACGGUGAUAAGGAAGAACCUCAGUUCAAGGCGUUGGUUGAUCAUUGGCUAGCGAGAAAGAAUCGCCAGACUCCGGAUGAUGAAUUCAUCAGAAUGAAGUUGAUGUCGCCGCCAAGCCAUCAGGGAUCAUUGACCAGCUUGAGCAGCGUUCGGGAAUCAAGUCUGGAAAUGUCACCUGAGAACGGAAACAUCGAUGACGAACUCCGAAAUUCUUUUGCGGAGUUGACCGAAUGCUUGGUCAGUGAUCGAGAGCCAAGGCGAGCAGAGUCACCCGACAGCGAUGACGACCGGGACGAUAUCGGAGAUGCUUUGGUUCGCGGCGCCAUGGAAUCUGCAUCGAGACAUACCAGCGCUUAUCUGUCUCAGCACAUGCCAUACCGCCAGGGAACCGAGACGCAUCGUCCCUGUCGCAGCGUGUCCAUGCCACCAGAUGAAAGCACUCCUGCUGGCCGAAUCUACCCUGAUGAAGAUGAGGACUCGGAUAUCUACGGUGAUGAUAAUGUUGGUCCGUUCCCCAGUAGCAGUCCCAGCGAGGAAUUCCACACCCCAUCCAGCAGGCACGAUUUCGAAGAGCCCCCCUCGAAGUCUCAGGAAUUCUCCGGUCCCAUCAAUGAAAGGACGAUAAUUCCCCCUUCAGAGGACGAAGAGUCUCUAGGGGAGACUGUCAGCCAGUACCAGAUGGACUAUCCCUCCUUGGAAGGCGCUUCGCUUCAGAGAGUCGAGACCAUUGAGUGUGAGGGGGGCAUUAUACAAUUCGAUGAGGCUUCCACCUCGAGAAGGGUUAGUUCCUCUGAACAGCGGUUGAGGGAAGCCAUGGCUAGUGCUGCUCAUCAGACGAAUGCUGCCUGGCGUAACACUUUUCGCGAGCACUCUGAGGAGGUCGACGAGUUGUUGUAG